CAAUAAAAAAUGAGAAACAACUCGAUUCCUUGACACCUUACCAGAAAAUCUUACUGAAGUUGCAGACCGACGAAAAAUGGCACCAGGACAUCACUCAGGGGAGAAGAAUCGGUCUAUACAGGCUGAAAGAAGAGUUAGGGACUGGCAAUUUUUCUCAAGUCAGAGCGGGCAUCCAUGCUUUAACCAAAGAGAGGGUUGCAGUAAAAAUCCUCGACAAAUCAAAGCUGGACAACAAAACUCAAAAAAUGCUCGCAAGAGAAAUUUUGUCCAUGGAAACCCUACACCAUCCACACGUCAUUCGGCUUUACGAAGUCCUGGAAACUCUCUCCAGAAUCUAUUUGGUCAUGGAAUACGCAAAUGGUGGAGAACUGUUCCACAGGAUUUCUCAGCACGGUUCAUUCAGCGAAAAGGCUGCGAGGCCACUGUUCGCUCAGAUUACAGCAGCUGUUGAUCAUAUGCAUUCACAUAACAUCGUCCACCGAGACCUGAAGGCUGAAAACGUCUUCUUCCAUGGACCAAACAUAGUAAAAGUGGGAGAUUUUGGCUUCAGCACCCAUAUCCCAGAUAGCCAAGAGCCCCUAAGGACAUUUUGUGGUUCCCCUCCAUACGCUGCACCCGAACUUUUUAGAGAUGACAGUUAUGUGGGACCCAUGGUGGACGUUUGGGCUCUCGGUGUCCUCCUCUACUUCAUGCUGACAGCCACUAUGCCUUUCAAGGCCACCACAGUUUCUGGAUUGAAGAAACAAAUUCUGGAAGGCGAAUAUACAAUUCCAGACUACCUCAGUACAGAAUGCCACUAUCUAAUAGUCGGUAUUCUGAAGCAAGAUCCAAAGUCGAGAACCACACUGGACCAGCUGAAGAAAUCUAAUUGGUUGAUGGGACAGACUCUUCCCGAAGCUUUACCAGAUGUUGGAAUGGUUUCUGAAAAAGCUGACUGUAACGGGAAUGGUACAGUUCUCUCGAGUGUUGAUAUGUGUGUGCGUGAGAAGCUGUCAGAUUUGGGGAUAACUGACGCCAUGCUGGAAGAAGCUAGUCGAAAAGGCUCUCGUAGUAGUGUAACAGGUUCAUAUCGAAUCGUGCUGCAUAGAGUUUUGUCUGACUCAAAGCCUAUAGAAAGGAAGAUAUUAGAAUCUGAAAUUCCUCAGUUCCUAAAACCUAAAGGUAGUCCCAGAAAUACUAAGCAGAAGAAAAAUAAAAAAUCUAAAACGUGUAUCAUUUUGUAAAUAUUAUUAGAUGUUUGUAAAUAAAUCGACUGUUUAUGUA